ACCUGUGAAUAAAAAUGGCGACUUCCAUAAAGAAGAUCGCGUUAGAUCCCAAAUCAUUUCGCACAUACGUAAAGAAAUGGGUUUUCGAUCCCGAGUUCCCGAAACCUGCUAUGCUAUUGCUUUUGAUCGCUGAGAUUGUAGUCAAUUUUUUGGUCAUCAACAAAAUUAAAUACACUGAAAUAGACUGGGUUGCCUAUAUGCAAGAAGUAGAGGGAGUUGUUAAUGGAACUUAUGAUUACUUACAACUAAAAGGAGAUACCGGCCCUUUAGUAUACCCAGCUGGCUUUGUCUACAUUUUUAUGGGAUUAUAUUACAUAACCAAUCUUGGUACCAACAUCAGACUCGCUCAGUAUAUUUUUGCUGGCAUUUACAUGCUCAACAUUAUUAUUGUGUUUGACAUCUACAGAAAAGCAAGAAAGAUUCCUCCAUUUGCAUUUUUCUUCAUGUGUGCACUAUCAUACAGAAUCCACUCAAUAUAUGUACUACGACUGUUUAACGACCCUGUUGCUAUGUUAUUUUUAUAUGCUGCUGUUAAUUUGAUGAUUAGAGGUCAUUGGUCUUGGGGAUGUUUGUUUUACAGCUUGGGCGUGUCAGUCAAAAUGAAUGUUCUUCUGUUUGCUCCUGCUUUAUUGUUUCUCCUGCUGGUAACACAAGGCAUCAAAAGGACCAUAUGGCAUUUAACUAUAUGUGCUGCACCACAGGUGAUUCUGUCGCUACCCUUCAUGCUGGUUAAUCCUCUGGGCUACAUUAUUCGUUCAUUUGACCUGGGACGUCAGUUCUUCUAUGUGUGGACAGUCAACUGGCGCCUCAUACCUGAGGAGAUUUUUUUAAACAGGACCUUUCAGAUUGGACUACUCACUUUACAUGUUGUAUUCCUUGGUUUAUUCUUCUGGUUUAGAUGGAGAAGGUGUUUUCCUAAACUAAAUAUCCAGUGGUCAAACAAAGGCCUAAAGCAGCAGCUAAACCCUGACCAGAUCUUAUAUCCCUUGUUUACAGCAAAUUUUAUUGGCAUGUGUUUUAGCAGAUCCCUGCACUAUCAGUUUUAUGUGUGGUACUUCCAUUGUCUCCAUUACCUUGUAUGGUGUACACCUUACCCAAAUAUCAUCAGGGUUCUGCUACUGGGUGUGAUUGAGUUCUGCUGGAACACCUACCCCUCCACAGUGGCAAGCAGCAGUCUGCUUCACGUCUGCCAUGCCGCCAUUUUACUAGGGCUUUGGCUGAUUGUUGUCAGGGUAUCCACUCAGCCAACAGGCACCAAAGAGGAGACAACUCGCCAAGGGCAGGUCACUGGCAAGGUCAAGGUCAAAUAACUUAUCAUGUUCCACUUGCUACAGACAGAAUGUUUAGAUUUGAACUAAUUUAGUCGAUUAUUUAGACAUGUCUUGUCACUAAUAAAAUGUGUUGAAAUUGUUUGAAUGUAAUUUAUAACCACUGUGCAAUCCCAACCAGGUGUAAUUUCUGUAAGCUUGACCUCAAAGGCUGUAGUGUGCAUGUAAUUAGUGUACUUAGGUGUGUGAGAAAAAAAUGCUUUAUCUUUAUUUAAUGUUAUUAACAUGUUUUCUCCAGGAGAAAUAAAUAUUAACAUGAAA